GCUACGACCAUCGUUGCUGUCGUCUGCUCUUGUGCUCCCUUUGUCGUCGUCGUCGACGACGUCGUCGUCGUCCCGUACGUCACCUUCCUCCGUGCUAUCCGUCUACGUUGACCACGAGGCCGUGUCGCGGGUGAUCGCUAGAAAAUAUCGGACAGUUUCAGUGAAGUGCCGAGGAGGAGGUGGUCACUCGAAGAUGGAGAUCGAGGCGAAGCAACGUAGCCAGAAGAAUCGACGACGGGAGCGGGCGCAGCGCAUGCUGGCGCAGAGGGAGAGCCUGGCCACCGCGAAGCAACAGCAGCAGCAACAGUCGCAGCAGUCGCGGCAACGGCCGCCAAACGACGAGGAGGACAGCCACAGCGGCGAGGACGAGGACCCCGCCGGCGGCGGCCUCGGUGCCAAAACCGGUCAUCCGCGGGACGGACACUCGCGGCCGCCCAGGCCACCGCGACCCCCGAGGCCCCGCAAGAAAUCUUCCCUCGCGGCCGCCAACCAAAAGGAGCCACCCUUCGAGGAGGACAUUAUCGACGGAUUCGCUAUCCUCGCUUUCCGCACGUACGAGGAACUCGAGAGUGCAAUAAAGUUAGCCGGAAAAAAUAAUAUUAAGAAGCUGCAUACAUUAUUGUCAAUAGUGGAAGAGAAACCAAAGGUGGAUACAGGACAGAAUAACAGGCACAACGAGCACCACAUCAAAAACAAUUUCAAGCACAACCAUUACACACAUAAUUCCAUACUGACACCCUCGACAUUAAACCAGGGCCUAGAUGCAGGUACAAGUGACGAUAGUGGUAGAGCAUCUGAACAAUUGCACGGCCCUGGUAUACCUAGGGAUUGCCAGGACGCAGACAGUUCUAGGGACCAUCUCAGCGAUGCUAGCAGUCAUUGCAGUUCGGGUAAAGGUUAUAUCUGUGAUAGUGAAGGAGAAGACGAUAAGGGCUCGGAUGCCGAAUCGAUACUCUUUGAAUCUUCUACCCCACCACCUCUUGCACGUAAAUACGAAUUGCCCUCUUCUUCGCCACACGUUUUGCCACCAGCAAACGGGGCAGGCGGGUCUCCACCGGAUACGGGUGGGCAAAUUUCUAAUCCAGCAACGGAUGCUCCGGCACCUAUACCGCCUCCUGUGCCUGCGUCUGCACCAGUUCCAACAGCGCCGAGUCCUCCCAGUCCAACGUUGCCCCCACACAUAUCCCAGCCUCCUAUGACUAGUCCUUUGGCAGCGAAUCCACGUGCAAUAGCUCCGCAACAGCGGCCGGCUUCCCCUGCUCUGCCACCACCUUCCCUGUCCCAGCAGCCGCACACUACGAUACCUGCAUUGCAUCCACCUAAUGUGCCCCUCGUCUCGUCAAGUCAUACAACUAGUCCAGCGGUAGCCAGUUUAGGUGUCACGCCAGCAGCACCUUCGAAUGGAGCGGCUACCACAAGUUAUCCACCACCCAUUCCUAUAGCUGCGUAUCCGCAGACACAACCAUCGUAUCCACCGCUCUAUACUCCGUAUACCGCUUUAAAUCAUAGCCCGUACCUUCCUCCUGCGGUACCAUCCCCUUCUCAUUCUGCUUCAUCACGUGCAGAUGUGAGAGGAAGUAGAGCUUCUCCUUGUACCAACAUAAAUAAACAGACCAUAGGAAAUAACCUUCCGAAUCACAAUAAUACUCCAUUGAGUGCUGCUACUACGACAUGCGUGUCCACCAUAACUAAUACAGUUACCACGGCAAAUUCUAUCGCCCAUAGAGACAUGGUGGCCUGCAGUUUGUCUGGACGAAAUAAUAAUUCUCCACGUGGACACAGUCCUAGUCGGGAAAGAGAUAGUUACAGCAGCAACGUGAGUAGUCUAAGUCGCGGCAGCAUAACGCCUGUUAGUGUGCCAAACACCUCCUCUCCAGCCAAUUCUAGUCUACCUGCGUACACCAAGCCACAAGGUUGGAUUAGCAGCAACACAGCUUCUCAGCUAUCUCCGGCAACAGCUACAUCCGUUCCGAGGCCAACUCCACCACCGGUACCACUCGGCAUACACACAUUUCCACCGAUGUUUGCGGCACCUUUACCUCCACCUGUGUCCAGUUCAAGUCCGCAUACUUCACUGUCUUCGCUUCCACCGCCGACGACCAAUCCAAAUCCGUUUUCCGCAGAGUCUUUGUUUCAAACAAAAGGGGUGACACAUGUUGCAGGUCAGGCAGAUCUUUUGAGGAGAGAACUUGAUAAUAGAUUCUUAGCGUCUCAGGACAGAAAUGUUGGGGUUGGAGUUGGAAAUUUGGGUCCACCGGCAUACCUUCGAACAGAAAUGCAUCAUCAUCAGCAUCAGCACACGCAUGUACAUCAACAUACAACGCCGUUGCUGCCACCGGCUGCAACGACGCUUUUUCCACCUCCAAUUUUCAAGGACAUACCGAAGUUGGGAGGAGUUGAAUCACCAUUUUUUCGUGGAAAUUUAAAUCUUUCCGGUUAUUCCGGUUUUAACACUGGCCUUCUUCAUCCUGGAAUUGGUCCGCCUUCGACACCCUUUGUGCCACCUAAUCAUUUAACUUCAUUUGCGCCAAAGAAAAGUGGAAAAUGGAAUGCGAUGCAUGUACGCAUUGCGUGGGAAAUAUAUCAUCAUCAACAAAAGCAACAGGCUGAAGCUAAGGCAGGAAAUGUUGUUAGUACAAAAACUGAGUUAUUAAGACCACCAGGCCAUCUUUAUCCAGGGGGACCAGGCAGUGGUCUUGGGCUUGGUGCACCAUCGAUGGCACCUCCAUUUCCCACUAACAUGCCAUCUGCGCAUCCUGCACCACCCCCACCUCAUUCUGUCGGUUUUCUAUCUACACCAACCUCACAUUUAGGUAAUAGAGGAACAGGGAUGUCUCCUUUUGGAAGAUAUUCUUCAACGUUUGGUGCGCCAAAUCCCAAUUUUCCAAGUCUUUCAACUUUUCCGCCAAGAGAAAUGCCACCUAUGGGCGGACUCAGUUCGGUGCAUGAUCCAUGGCGAGGAUUACAACGUGCUACUACCGGAUUUCCACCGACUACUGUUUCGUGGGGUUUGAAGCCAGAACCGCCCGCGAUAGAUAGGCGCGCCGAAUUGGAGGAACGGGAGCGUGAACGCGAACGAGAAAGAGAGCGCGAGCGGGAGCGCGAACGUGCCGAACGGGAACGCGAACGUAUCAGACGCGAAAGAGAAAGGGAAAGGGAGAGAGAAGAACAACGCGAGAGAGAAAGGCGGGAACGCGAAAAAGAGGAAAAGAGGAAACAGCAGGAAGCAGCUGAACGAGAGCGAGAGAGGCGUGAUAAGGAACGCCGUGAGAUGGAAAGACGCGAGAUGGAGCGCGAAAGAUUACUUCACCAAAAUCGGCAACACAUGAUCGUUCCUCGAGAUCGUUCGCCGCUUAGGAACGGCUCGGCGCCCUUGGAUACCGGAGAAGUGCGCAUAAAAGAAGAACCACGCAGCAAAGACGACGAGAUUGUAAUGCUUCCACGACCACCGGUACCCGGCCCCGGAACGGCCGGGUCCGCGCCAGGACCAAAUCCACUGCCCGAUCCGAGAUAUCAUCCACAUCCACAUACUUAUCUCUCGAGGCAUCCGCAUAGUAUGCCGGCUUCGCAUUCUAUGCCACGAAGUAGCAUGCUUCCCAGUUUAAGCGCACAUCCAAUACAACACUUUCCACCGCCAUCCGCGCCCGCUGGUCAACCGGGAGCUCCCUGGCCGGGCGAUCCUUUCCGGGAUUACCGGUACGAUCCCCUGCAACAGUUACGAUACAAUCCAUUAAUGGCAGCGGCGGCAUUCAGAGAGGAAGAAGAACGAGCGAAACUGUACGCUGGUUAUCCUCCACCGGUGAAUGCUCUCAGAAGUAAGGAUCCUAGUCCAGGUCCGCUCAGCAAUUUGCAUAUGCAUCAUAGAGCGGGGCCCGGCCCAGGAGUGCCGACGCGUCCGCUCGAAAAUGCCAUCAUGCACGCGGAUAUUCACAAGAAGGAGGAUGGAUCGCAGUCUCGAUGAUAUAUCGUCUCAGCGUCCUCAGUUUCCGCGAGAGAACGCACUGACGGACCGACAUUCUAAGCGGCUCCAUCCUCCACUCCCCCCCCCCUCUCCUAUGACGUUCGGAACCCGGUGCUGAUAUUUUGCUAACAGAAAAGAAGCGCGUUAUCUGAAAAAAGAAAGUGUAUAUAGAUAUUAUAUAUGUAAUAUUUAUAGCUAUCUCAAGAGAGAAAGAUUACGAGAAUGCAUAGAACUAUACAAGAAAACGUAACGAAGAUGCCUUGCUAUGAUGCCACUGUACCACCGAUAACGGCAGCUAACGAAUGAUGAAUGUUUAAUGAAAAAUAGCUACGGAGGGCGCACGGCAUCGCUGAUGUGUCACAAAUAAUCAUGCUGAUGUUUUGUGAUUUCUGCAGUUUCAGUGAUCUGACUGUUUAUAGUGGUAACAAGCCGUAAUCACGACGAUAACUAUGCGUACAGAUAAAAAAAGUAUCGUGUGUAAUAUUAAAAUAGUUAUUAUAGAACGUGAGGCGAUGGUUACGUAAAAAAGAAAAAAAAAAGCAAAUCCAAGUUAGGAGAAAGAGUUGAGCGGAUCUCUAUUAUUAUUCAAAAAUUAUUUAAUUAUUUAUUUAUUGCGACGCGUAUAAACGAACUUGAAUCUCUACUGCUACUGACGUACGAAUGCGGACGUAAGAUUUGCCCCUAAUUUAAUUGAUGUAAUAUAAAAAUGAUCAAAUGUAUAAAUUUUACUUCUUAGAUUUUAAUUUGUACAUUAGAGACGGUAGAGAAAAAAAAGGAGAGGGCAUAUAAAACGGAAAGUUCUUUGGCUUUCGAUAGCACGUGCUUUUUUCAUUUGCAUGCUGACUACAAUAGCACUCUGGUGCUUUCCUGUGAUAUAAAAAGAAAAAUUAUUCAAAAGUAGUAAAUUAUUUUUUAAUUUCCUAUUGCGUAAAUCGUGACAAAUAGAGAUUUGACAAGUGCAAAUAAAUCAAAUUAUCAAGGUAAAGUUACAGCAGUUAGAAAUAUUCUUUCGAAAAACACAGGAUGACGCUUAAUAUAAUAGUAGCUUGUGCGUGCCAAAAAGUUGCUUCAAUCAAAGAAUAUGUUCAUAAAGCCCGAUUUUUCAAUACGUUUACAAGACAAACUAUGGCGAUUUUAUCUUUCUCUUUCGACUUUUCUCUCGAUUUUCAGCCAUAUACGUCGUUGUGUUACCAGAAAGCCAAUAUGAGAUCUCUUAAAAGUUCUGUGCCAUGGACCAGGUUACAUUCGAAUAUCCCUGGUGCCUAAAAAAAAAAAAAAAGAAAAAGAAAAAAGUGAACUUUGAAUAUGAUCGGAUUCUCAAACUCUAUUUCGUUUAUACUGUAAAGUCACUAUAAAACUGUAUAUUAUACAAUUAACAAUUAUACACGCAGUUUAAAAAUUGUAGAUAUUUUUCAUCGAUGCAAAGUUACAAUGUGAUGCAAUGAUUUUGUUCAUGUAGAUAUCGCGAAGUAAGAGGAUUUUGUGUGAAUAGGUUUUUUCUAAAAUUGAUUCUUUGUAAAAGAAUCUAAUAAUCAUAGUUUCUAUCAA